CAACUGUACUGUGAGUUGCGAGAGAUUGGGCAGGUGGAGACAGUUUAAGGAACAGGGCAGUUGAGACCCCUGACACAGAUUCUUGAAUGGGGACCUGCUAUAGUCCUCAGAGGCUCAGGAUGACCCUGCUGGCUGGCAUCGUUAUGCAGGCUCUGAGUGCUCUGGCCCAGGACCAGCCCUCUGUGCCGCAUGGCUGUACAGAGGGCAGCUGUUACCCGGCAACAGGGAACCUCCUGAUUGGUCGAGCGAAGGGCCUGCGUGCCACAUCGACCUGCGGUCUGCAGGGCCCAGAGGAAUACUGCAUCGUCAGUCACCUCCAAGAAUCCAAAAACUGUUUCCAGUGUGACUCCCGUGAGCCCUACAACUACUGGAACAGGAACAGCCACCGAGUGGAGAACGUGAUCUACCUGAAAGACCAGGAUCGGGAGAGUACCUGGUGGCAAUCAGCUAAUGGGGAGGAGAAAGUCAGCAUUCAGCUGGACCUGGAGGCAGAGUUUCAUUUCACUCACCUCAUCAUGAAGUUUAAGACCUUCCGCCCCGCUGCUAUGAUGAUUGAGAGGUCAGCUGAUUUCGGACACUCCUGGAAGCCGUACCGCUACUUCUCCUACGACUGCAGCAAGAUGUUCCCCAGAGUGCCGGUGCGGGCGCUGCACCUCAUCGAUGACGUGGUGUGCGAGGAGCGCUACUCUGACAUCGAGCCCUCCACGGAGGGGGAGGUUAUAUACAAAGUGCUGGACCCUGCCAUUGACGUGAAAGACCCGUAUAGUUUGGAGAUUCAAGAGCUGCUUCGGAUCACCAACCUGCGGAUACACUUUACCAAACUGCACACGCUGGGGGACAACCUCCUGGACCGCAGGAGGGAGGUGCUGCAGAAGUAUUACUACGCCAUCUAUGAGCUGGUGGUGCGAGGCAGCUGCUUCUGCUAUGGGCAUGCCUCUGAGUGCGCACCCAUCCCAGGGAUCAGCGGAGGAGUGGAAGGAAUGAUCCAUGGCAGGUGUGUCUGCAAACACAACACGGAGGGGUUAAACUGUGAGAAGUGCAGGCCCUUCUAUAACAGCCUUCCCUGGAGACCUGCAGAGGCAGGCAACCCACACUCCUGCAGAGAAUGCAUGUGCAAUGGCCAUUCAAAACGAUGUCACUUCGACAUGGCGGUGUACCUGGCAACCGGGAACACGAGCGGGGGUGUCUGUGACAACUGCCUGCACAACACCAUGGGCCGCAGCUGUGAGAUGUGCAAACCUUUCUACUUCCAAGACCCCAGCCGCGAUAUCAGAGACCCGUCCGUCUGUGUGGCCUGUGACUGUGACCCAGUGGGCUCCCUGGAGGGGGGUGUGUGUGACAGCCACACAGACCUGGACCUGGGCAUGAUCGGCGGGCAGUGCCGCUGCAAAGAGAACGUCAAGGGCACCCGCUGUGACUACUGCAAGGAGGGCUUCUACGGACUGAGUAGGAAUGACCCUCUGGGCUGUCAGCCCUGCAAUUGUGACCCUCGUGGGAUUAUAAUGGGGGGCUCCCCCUGUGAUCAGGUCAGCGGGGACUGUUCUUGUAAGAGAUAUGUCACGGGGCGCUACUGUAACCAGUGCCUGGUUGAAUACUGGGGUCUUAGCACUGAUAUUGCAGGCUGCCGGGCCUGUGGCUGUGACUUUGGUGGAGCCUACAACAACAGGUGUAUGAUGGAAAGCGGGCAGUGUAGCUGUCGACCGCACAUCAUGGGCAGGCAGUGUGGCGAUGUGCAGCCUGGCUACUUCUGUGCAGGUCUGGAUUACUAUACCUAUGAGGCAGAGGACGCAGUGCCACAUUCCCCUGAUGACCCCCUGUUGCCUGGAAAGCCCAAACCCAAGGCUGAGAUCGACUGUCUGGAAUACGUGAACACCGAGGUCAAAAGGGUGCGCCGCCACCGGAGGAUUCCCAGGGUUCAGCAGCAGAGGGCAGCACUGAGGAAGAUCCGCCAGAUUCAACAAACACCUGAUGUGAAAGUUGUGCACAGGGAGAGAGUUCCUGGGCAGAUGGUGACCUGGACAGGCCCAGGCUUCGCCAGGGUGAGAGAUGGAGCAGGCCUGGUUUUCACCAUCGACAACAUCCCGUUCUCCAUGGACUACGACGUCAUGAUUCGAUACGAGCCAGAGUCCACUGAAGAUUGGGAAGCCAUUGUUAGCAUUUCAUCUCAGCUAUUACCCAGGAGCCAACGCUGUGGCAACGUUCUUCCUUCAGAGCAGAUGUACACAGUGACACUCCCUCAUCAACAGAGGUACAUAAAGAUGCCCAGACCCUUCUGCUUUGAGCCAAACAACCGUUACGUGGUGGCUAUCCGCUUCCAGCGCUUCAGAGUCACGGAGAGACACCUGACAGCCUUCAUACUGAUAGAUUCAUUGGUUCUGUUCCCGAGGUACACAGAACUGCCUGGUUUCCAUGGAAACGACCCGGACUCGGUACACCACCGAGAGGAGAUGGAGAGAUAUAUGUGUCUGGACUCGUUUCUGAUGGUGCCCAUGCCCAUGCUGGCAGAGAUGUGUGCCAAACUGCUCUGCAGUAUCUCAGCUAUCCUGCAUGAUGGGGCAGUGCCCUGCGAGUGUGACCUCCAGGGCUCUCUCAGUGCAGUCUGUGAGAAGAUUGGUGGGCAGUGCCAGUGCAAACCCAACGUGAUCGGACGCCGCUGCAACCAGUGUGCACCAGGGACAUAUGGCUUCGGACCCUAUGGCUGCCACCACUGUGACUGCCACCCUCAGGGAGCGGUCAGUAGCCUGUGUGACCCUGUCUCGGGUCAGUGCCGGUGUCAGCAUGGUGCGACUGGACGCCAGUGCAGUAAUUGCCAGCCUGGGCAUUGGGGAUUCCCGAGCUGCCGGCCCUGCCAGUGUAACGGGCACUCUGAGACGUGUGACCCCCAGACCGGAGCCUGCACCAGCUGCAGGGACUACACCAGCGGGCAUCACUGUGGCAGGUGCUUGGAUGGUUUCUAUGGAAACCCUCUUCUGGGAUCUGGAGAGCACUGCCGCCCGUGUCCAUGCCCCGGCAACCCAGGAAGUGGUCAUUCCAACGGGGACUCGUGUUCCACUGCACCAUCGUCCAAUCAGAUCAUCUGUCACUGCAGACAGGGAUACACAGGCCCUCGCUGUGACAGAUGCUCCCCUGGUUAUUUCGGGAGCCCCGAGAGACCUGGGGGAGGGUGCCGUCCCUGCCAGUGCAACAACAACAUUGACAGCAGAGACCCCAAGUCAUGUGAUCCACGCAGCGGCCAAUGCCUGAAGUGCCUGUACAACACCGACGGGCCGACCUGUGCGGCGUGCAAGCCUGGUUACUAUGGCAACGCAGCUGCGCAGGACUGCAGGCGCUGCACCUGUAACAUCGCCGGCACGCUGCAGUCACAGUGCUCCGGAGAUGUGUGUAACUGUGACAGAACCACAGGGGCCUGCCCAUGCCGGGCGAAUGUCAUCGGGCAGAACUGCGACCAAUGUGGCCCGGAGCACUGGAACUUCGGGAGGGACGGAGGCUGUGAGCCCUGCAACUGCUACCUCCAGCACUCCCUCGGGACUGACUGCAACAUGUUUACCGGACAGUGUCUCUGCAAGCCUGGCUUUGGAGGGAGAAUCUGCUCUGAUUGCCAGGAAAACUACUGGGGAGACCCCAACACAGAGUGCACAGCAUGUAACUGUGACCCCUCUGGCUCGCUGACGCUCCAAUGCGAUCGGAAGACGGGGCACUGCAUCUGUAUGGAGGGGGUGACGGGGGGCCGCUGUGAUCAGUGUACCCGUGGCUUCACCGGCAGCUUCCCUAGGUGUGCGCCCUGCCACCCCUGCUUCGAGGAGUGGGACAAGCUGGUAUGCACGCUGCGGCGGGAGCUCGAUAAGGUCCAGGAGAGGGUGAAGCAAAUCCAGGAGUCUGGGGUGACCUCGGACGAUAAUGUGGAGCGCAUCCAGAAACUGGAGGAGAAGCUGGCUCAGAUUCAGAGCCUCAUCAACGGGCAGUCCAGAGAGAUGCUCUACCACAGCGUCCACCAGACUGCUGAUCGGCUAAGGAAGGAGGUGUUGCACACAGACAGGAGGCUGCAGGUGCUGUCUGGGGAGCUGAACAGCACCUCGCACAGUGAGAAGCAGCAGAGAGAGCGCCUGGGCCAGCUGGAGACUGAGCUGAGAGAGCUGAACGACACUGUGACCAAGCGGCGGAGAGAGCUGGAGAACCUCAUCUCUGCAGGGACCAGCGAGAAAUUCGAGAAUGUCCGCAAGUACUACCAGGAGUCCCUGGAUGCAGAGCGGAGAGCCAACGUCUCAGUGUCGGGUCCGGACAGCCCCGUGGAACAAUCACAGGAAACGAGGAACAUGACUGAGAGCCUGAUGAACAAGAAGAAGGAGGAGUUCUUCCGGACCAUGACAGCGCAGAAGAAAUCGCUGAAAGAGUUGCAGGCUAAAACCAAGGAUCUGGAUAAAAGCAUCAACAAUCUGAGUGCAAAGGUUUGUGGUAGUAAGAAAAAUGGAAAGGGCUGCAUUGAAGAUCCCUGUGGGGGGGCGAACUGCCGCGAUGACUUUGGGAACCGGAAAUGCGGUGGAGGGAGCUGUAAUGGCACUCUGAGUGCCUCCAUAAGAGCUCUGAAUCUCGUGCAGAACAAGACGAGAGAGAUUGAAGCUGCUGCUCAGGACCUCGACAACAUCCAGAAGAAGCUUCAGGAUGUUGCAAAACUGACCCAGGACAUCAAAGCCCAGGCAGAGAGGACCCUCACCAAAGCACAGAGGACCAAGGAUGAAAUCGUGAGCUCCAACCAGAAACUCAGAGAAUUCAUCCAGAAGAUUAGAGACUUCUUGACUGUGGAUGGAGCAGACCCCAAGGAUAUCGAGCUGGUGGCCCGGCAGGUUCUGUCCAUCUCACUCCCCAUGAGUGCCAGCAACCUCACCAAGACCAUCCAGGAGAUCAAGGUGUGCAUUGUGAACCUCAGCGACAUCAACGCGGUCCUUAACACCACGGCCCAGCAGCUCAGCAUCGCUCACAAGCUUCUGGAGAAGGCCAAGGAUGCCAAGGUCCAAGCAGAUGGAGUGGAGAACCUGGUGAACAUCACCAAAGAGUCUCUGGACAGGGCCCGCUCCGCCGCUGACACAACAGAGAAAGAACUGAAAAAAGCAAAGAAGAACCUCAAGAACGUGCUGGACCGCACUGCCGGGAUCACAAGCAAGCUCCAAGGCAUUGAAGAUAAACAGAUGGAUGCCAUGAUGCGAUUGGCUAACCUGUCCAAGCAGGCGGAGUCUGUGCACGACAAGACGGAGCAGAACCGAGCGAUCGCUGAAGAAGCCAAGGCCCUAUCGGAGAAGGCAACUGAGACAGCAACGGGGCUGGACAAGGAUCUAGAGGAGGUGGAGCUGAAGUACAAAGAGCUGGAAGGAAAGGUGGGCGGACUGGGCAAUGGAGCCAACAGUAUAGAUAGUGUGACCGAGAGAGCGAUCGACAUCAAGAAGGAAGCUGAAGAACUGCUCAAGAAAGCCAACAAGGACAUGAAGUGGUUAGAUGAACUGGAGAAGAGGUUUGGGAGGAACGAGAAGAGAAUGGAAGCUCAAGCCACAGAGCUGAUAGAUCUGGAGAAGAACAUUACCAGCAUCAGGAACAUUAUUCGAAGCAACGUGACGCAGUACAGCACCUGCUCGUAGCCAGGAGGGGAGAAGCAGCCCUCUGUCUCCCCGCAGGUCACCGGACACAAUCUGCACCAGUCAGUCAACACCAUUUUCUAUGACAACUGUUCCAUUCUGGGAAAGGCCCGUGUUUUACAAACAUGUUGACUGUCCUCUUCUUUCUUAAGGGGUGAUAAUAACUACAGUUCAGGUCAAUGCAGAUACAGUGAUGCUGAAUGCUGUUUCUAAACCUGCCUGAACCAUUUCCCAAGGUUUAGAUUACAUAUUGGGCACUUGUGUUUUAUUAGGCCCUCACAGCAGCAUGAAAGCAAUAUGGAGGUACAGGAAUGGGGUAAAUAACUCCAGGGAUUGAACAUGGUUCUCUGUAGGUGAGAUAGCCUGGACAUGGGAUUUUGGGUUACUUGGUUAUAGCGUUGUCUUUAAUACUGCUUCUGUUUCCUCUGCUUACUAUCAACAGGUAUGCAGUCAAUAAAUCCAUAUGUAUAUACUCUUCACCCAGUUCUAAUCUUCACCCAGUUUUAAUCAUCCUUUUGCCAGAGCUGAGACCUGUUUUUGAGACUUUGCAUGGACAUUUGUUACAUUCCACAUUCUGUAAACCUAGGUCACGGUGACCAUGGUGCCUUCUUUUCUGAUUUUGACGAAACUGCAUUGUUGAUGAGAUUGUAUGUGGACGUAGAUCAUGGUGACCUAAUUUGACAUUGAUUUGGUUUACCAUUCUUGUUGAAUCACUUGCAGAAACAGCUGUUUGAAUCAAAAAGGUUCAGAGACACACUGCUGCACGCAGUCAGAAAUUAAAUAUAUACGUUUAUAUUUACCCCAGUGUAAAUGAGCUGGCCUAUUCCAGUAAGAGAACAUCUUAAUGAAUACAUCUGUCAGAUUUCCACAAACAAUAAGAAUUUAGCAAUCGAAAACCUCAGAGCAAGUGCAUUUCAUCAUCUGGUUUUGAAAGUGGCUUGUGUCACAGUAUUUAUAGAACAAUAGAGAACUCUUAAUUAAACAUGCCUAAAAAGCAGGACUUAUCAAGUGCUUCCACUGAUGGCUUCAGGUAUUACAUGAGGCUGUACAUUGCCUAGUUUGUUAUCCAUGUUUUCAAACACAACAUAUUACCCUAGUGCCUGUACAUUGUGUUUAUCAGGGUCACCCAGCCACUGUCCUGUUUGUUUCUAUUUGGUAGUUUGAUAUGCACAUGAUAAUUCUCACAGACUACAAUACCUGUGAAUGCUGUCUUUAAUAUGCACUGGAGAUCAGUUUUCAGUUUCAAUAACAAUGUAAUUACAUUGGAACUGCUUUGUGAUAUGAAAUCCAUUCCACACCUAUUCAUACAGUUAAAACCUGUAACAAAAUCUAGGAGGAUAGUUCCUAAAUCUUGCUCAUUUGAUCUGUUCCAAUCAACAGUUUUAGUCCAUUUCAGAAUGUGGUUGGAAAUAAUAUCUGUAGUGGAAUGCAUGAGGGCCAGAGUUUGGGAAUCAUUGACCUAGAGGAUAUUAGCUGGGUAACCUCGCUCGAAAAGAAGCCAAACGCCAUGCCUGUCAUUACUGAUUCACCCCCAAUACCAGCUAAAAUGUGUUCUUUAAAUCUGUUCUACUAAAUAAGUAUUUUGUUUCUGAAAAAGAUGUGUAAUUACAGAGACCCACACAGAUAAUAAAUAUACAUUUGAUAUAUUAGAUUUCUUAGUUUGUUGUGUUGUCUGUUUCUUUUCUAAAGCUGAAAGAAGUAUUUAUUUUCUGGUUAAAAUGUGUUUUUGACAAAACUGCGAAUAUUUUUUUUUUCUCAAAGCCAGCUAUUUAAAGACCAGCUCGCCAUUAAUACCAUUGUCUGCUAAUGUGAGUCAAUCCCAAUAUCUCCCUCCUAUCAGGACCAGCUCUAUAUUAACAUAAUGC